AUGGACUUUGCCACCAGACAGCAGGAUCCUGCUGAGUGGAACAGCGGAGAAACGGGAGCACUGCAGGAUGAUCUGUCCGGAGUCAAAGGGGAGCAGAGCACAGGGGAGGACAAUGCAGGAAACAACCACCAAACCUUUUACACUGCUUAUACACAGGCGUCCAACCAAGCUUUGCCUGUCUUUUAGAUCAUCUUCUACGAGGACAGGAACUUCCAGGGUCGUUCCUAUGAGUGUAUGGGUGACUGUGCUGACAUGUCCUCCUACCUGAGCAGGUGCCACUCCUGCAGGGUGGAGAGAGGUUGCUUCAUGGUCUAUGACCGCACCAACUACAUGGGAAACCAGUAUUUUCUGAGGCGGGGCGAGUAUUCCGACUACAUGAGCAUGAUGGGCAUGAAUGACUGCAUCAGAUCCUGCCGUAUGAUCCCCAUGUACAGGGGAUCCUACAGGAUGAGGAUCUAUGAGAGGGAGAACUUUGGAGGUCAGAUGUAUGAACUGAUGGAUGACUGUGACAACAUCAUGGACCGUUACCGUAUGUCAAAUUGCAUGUCCUGCCAUGUGAUGGACGGCCACUGGCUGAUGUACGAGCAGCCCCACUACAGAGGAAGGAUGAUGUACUUCAGGCCGGGCGAGUACAGGAGCUUCAUGAACAUGGGCUGGAGCGGCAUGAGGUUCAUGAGCAUGAGGCGCAUCUCGGAUUCCUGGUAUUAGACCCAAUUUGCACUAAAUAAA